AGAAAUUCGCUGUGUCAGAGAAACUAAAAGCCCAAACAAAACCCCUAAAAAUUCAAGCCCGGGUGAUUUCAUCCACGUGGCACAAGAACCAGCCAAAAAGAGGGGGGCGGGGAAGAGUCACCGGUCCCGCCCUCACUGGGAGGAAGGGAUUUGCCAAGAGUACGAACUUCUGACAGAGGCCUGGCGGCGACCGCGGCCGAGAAGGAAGGAGGGAGGAGGGAGGGAAGCCCUUUCCCACAAAGCCGCUGCGCAGCGGGGCCCUCUCCCCGCCCCCUGCCCGGCCGCCGCGGAGUGCGGGGAGCCGCCGCGGGCCCUUUAAGGGCCGAGAGGUGCGCGGUCUCUUUAAGGCAGGUCCUGUUGGGUUUUGUUUUCUGAAGGAAGUGACGGGGGGUAGGAUUGAAUGAAAAGUGCAAAACAGAGUCUCUGAGCGCCAGAGUCCGGGGCCGCGGGAGCCGCGGCGCUGGGCCGGCGGGCGGGCGGGGAGCGCGGUCUCCGAUCGGAGCCUCCAGAGCGCGCGGCCGAGCGCAGCCCACGUGAGUCCGCGCCACGUCGCGGUCCUCCUGCGGCUGAGUCCCCCGGCGCUCGGACUAGCCCCCAACUUCGGGCGAAGUUUGCCAGCAUCUCUCCCCGCCCCCACGCGGCGCGCGGGGGCCGCGGAGGGCAGCGGCGGCGGCCCCCGGGGAUGCGCCCGCCCGGCAGCCGCGGGGUCCCCACCGCGUGCCCCACGCUGCUGCUGCUGCUGCUGCCACUGCUCGUGCCGCUGCUUGGGGCGCCGCGCGGCGUAGGCGCGGGGACCGGCGCUCCCGCUGAGCUGCGGGUCCGCGUGCGGCUGCCAGACGGCCAGGUGACCGAGGAGAGUCUGCAGGCGGACAGCGACGCCGACAGCAUUAGCCUCGAGCUGCGCAAGCCCGACGGCACCCUGGUCUCCUUCACCGCCGACUUCAAGAAGGAUGUGAAGAUUUUCCGGGCCCUGAUCCUGGGGGAGCUGGAAAAGGGGCAGAGCCAGUUCCAGGCCCUCUGUUUUGUCACCCGUCUACAGCACAAUGAGAUCAUCCCCAGUGAGGCCAUGGCCAAGCUUCGGCAGAAAAACCCACGGGCCGUGCGGCAGGCGGAGGAGGUUCGGGGCCUAGAGCAGCUACACAUGGACGUCGCUGUCAACUUCAGCCAGGGGGGCCUACUGAGCCCCCAUCUCCACAACGUGUGCGCUGAGGCGGUGGAUGCCAUCUACACCCGCCAGGAGGAUGUCCGCUUCUGGCUGGAGCAAGGUGUGGACAGCUCUGUGUUCGAGGCUCUGCCCAAGGCCUCAGAGCAGGCAGAGCUGCCUCGCUGCAGGCAGGGAGGGGACUGGGGGAAGCCCUGUGUCUGCCACUAUGGCCUGAGCCUGGCCUGGUACCCCUGUAUGCUGAAGUACUGCCACAGCCGCGACCGGCCUGCGCCCUACAAGUGCGGGAUCCGCAGCUGCCAGAAGAGCUACAGCUUCAACUUCUAUGUGCCCCAGAGGCAGCUGUGUCUCUGGGAUGAAGACCCCUAGCUGGCUGGGGAGAGGGGUGGGCCUGGAGGAGGCUGCUCUGGGCCCACUGCUCCUCUCCCAGCCAGUAGAGGGGUGGCAGCCCCACUCGAUGCCUUAUUUCCCUCUCCCCACUGCCCUGGCCUGAGCCUGGGCUCCCUCUGGCCCCAUCCUGCAAGACUGUGAAAGGGGGUGUGGCCUGGCAGGGGGGUCAUGCAUGAAGGCAGCCCCCUCUCCCACCCUGUGCCUUCUUUCGGGCCAGAGAGGUAGAAAAGGGCUCUCCAAACUUGCACCCCUCUCCUCCAUCAUCUCCCCUGACGUGUUCACUUUCAAGCAGCCAGAAUGUGAUGGUCCAUGAACUUGUUAAAAGUUUUAGACCCUAAAAGGAGUCUAUGCCUGUUCCGCCCACCUCCCCACACACAUCUGGAAGGUGCUGGCCUCACACCUUCCUACUCCCCAACAUAGAGGGGAUCUUUACCCUCCAAGAGGGAGUUCUUGGGGACACAGCCCCCCAUACCCAGUAGGUGCAUUCUUUUCACUUCCGCCCCCGAGGCUGCCUGUGGGGCAGGGGGAACCCCCCACCAUGGAAACAGACCACAUGUGCCUUUCACCAGACCUGGACUUCUCGAGAGCAGGCACCAGUGCUUUCCCCGCUAAACAGAAAUAUUUUUGUAACUUUCUGGGGUGGAGAGAGAGCAUGAAGUAUUAGGAAAACUUGAAUUCCAGAUUUUUAAUGCAAAGUAUUUAUCAUUUGUACCAGAAAUAAAAAAUUUAAAUUUUUACUUGACUGACAACGCCAGACCUGGAGUUUGGACAGACCCUUUAGCCAAUGCUGCCACCUGGUGUCAGAAGUGUCCCUGUGGCCUAUCUUGGCACGACUUUUAGAGCACCUACUGAGUGCUCAGUCAUUUGGGGGAAGAAGGGGGAGGAGGAGACUUGGGGAAGGGUGUUAAAACAUCUACUCUCAAGAAGACAUGGCUGUAACCAUAAUAAGCCUGCUUGAAGGCAAAAGAUAAGACUGAAACUCUGGAGCCGGACUUCAAGCGUUCCAAGCCCUGCUGCUUUCUGGCUGUGCAGUCCUGGGUCAAGUUACUUUACCUCUCUGUGCCUCAGCUCUCUCAGCUAUAAAAUGACACUUAAGUGAAUUCUUGCUUGGCAACUA